GUCCACUUACAUGAGUUAAAUCCAGGAACUUGAUGGUGAGUUCAUGUUUUGAUUGAGAAAAAUGGGAGAGGUGGUGAAUUUGGUGUUCCCCUCUUGCUUUUUUACAGAAAGGCUUGCGACCCAAUUGAAGAAGAAGAGUUUUAAAUUGGGUUCAUGCUCAGGAUUUCACAAUCAAAGCAUUUCGCAUUGUCCAUGGAGAAAACAUUGGUCAGGGGGCUUCAUCAGAGCCACCCAAGAUGGCGGAGCUCUGAAAUCUGAUGAAGAGAGUGAGAGAAAGGGAAAUAAUAGCAAAAGGAGGAAAAGGGCCUUCUUUUUAGACGUGAAUCCUCUUUGCUAUAAAGGGAGUGAGCCAAGCCCCUCUUCCUUUGCUCAGUGGAUGCAUUUGUUCUUCUCAGAUGUCAGUCAUCAAGACCCUGUCAUCGCUGUUCUUGAUGGGGAAAACGGGAAUGACUACCGAAGACAAAUAUUGCCAUCCUAUAAAGCACAUAGGAGGAAGUUUUCCGGCUUAUCGUCAAUAUAUCAAAGAUCUGGUCGAGCAACUGAUUCUGACUCGCAUUAUGUUGCAGCAUGUAUCAUGAAUCUCCUUCAAAUGUGCAAUGUGCCAGUGAUCAAAAUUAAUGGUUCUGAAGCUGACGAUGUGGUGGCUACGCUUGUUGAUCAAGCCCUACGAAGGGGAUUGCGAGUUGUGGUUGCAUCACCUGAUAAAGAUUUCAAGCAAUUGAUAUCUGAGGAUGUGCAAAUUGUGAUUCCCAUGCCAGAAUUUGGGCGUUGGUCAUUCUAUGCUUUGAAGCAUUACCUAGCUCAAUACAAUUGUGAUCCAAGUGUUGACUUAAGCCUCCGUUGCAUAUUGGGUGAUGAAGUUGAUGGUGUGCCUGGACUUCAACAUGUGGCUCCUGGAUUUGGCAGAAAGACAGCUCUGAAACUCCUAAAGAAACAUGGCUCAUUGGAAAACUUGCUCAAUGCUGCCUCAAUUAGAACAGUUGGAAAACCAUACGCACAAGAAGCUCUUACCAAGCAUGCUGAUUAUCUCCGAAGAAAUUUUCAGGUUCUUAGCUUAAGGAGGGACAUUGAUGUACACUUGGAGGAUGAAUGGUUAUCUGGUAGAGAUGACCGUAACGACUCGUUGGCCAUUUCAAGAUUUAUGGAGAAUUUGAGAGAGAACCAAAAGUUGCAAUUACACUAAUUUUGGUUACCAACUGAAAAUUUCUUCUAUGAUCUGCAGGAGGUGGGAAUACGGGUAAAACGAGCAUCCAGGAACCUACAAAACAUUCAAAUGCUUGGACUGAUUCGACCCAUUAUUUGCAUGAUCAUCUCUUUAAACCUGGCACCAAAUCAUUCCCAGUUCUAUACAAUUCUGCCCAGUUCUACACCAAUUCUGUGUGCUUGGUUCUCAAUGCGCUGGUACGCCUGUGAGGAGUGCAUGAAUUUUUAAUAAUCAAGCUGAUCAACGAUGUGUACUUUGGUUUUUUGCAAGGGAAAUUGGAGCUCAUGUCCCCCUAAUUUUCCUUUAUUUUAAAAAUCCCCUGGGUAUGUCGUAUGUUAGAUUGAUAGUUUUUAUUUUAUUUUUCAUUAAAAUGCCCA